CAUCACAAUUCACAACGCCAUCACCCAGAAAAACACAAGAUCACAGUAUCACACAAGCCAAAAGCGUGCACAAGCUAGCACCCUUCACCAAUCACCAUGGCAUCCUCAACCCAGCCACCACCGCUCCUCCUUCCUGCCAUCUCGCUGCUCUCCCUGCUGCUGACGCUCGCCUCCCCGCGCGGCGCCGCGGCGGCGCCCAACACGGCGGCGCUGUCGGUGCUGUGCAACGGCGCGUCGUUCGGCGCCGGGGACCCCUUCACGGCGAGCCUGGCGUACGUGCUGGCGGAGCUGGUGUCCGCGACGCCGGCCCGGCCCGGGCGCGACUUCUACAACAUCUCCCCGUACCCGGCAGCCUUCGCGUACGGGUACGCCGCGUGCCGCCAGGCCGCGGCGCUGCCGUCGGCCGACGACUGCGCGGCCUGCCUCCGCUCCGCCGUGUCCCAGAUGGAGGCCUCCUGCGGCCGCAGCGUCGGCGCCAGGGCCGUGCUCGUCGACUGCAGCGUGCGCUACGAGCAGUACGCCUUCGCGGACUAGUUGAUAACAAAAUGAUCCCAUGCCGAUUUCUUCUUAGUUUCGAUUCGUGUCCCAAAAUCCACUUGUCCAACACUUCCCGUUGCGAUUAGCAAUUUAAUUAGCUUGGCA